AGACACUAAUUGACAUCCCAAUUGGCAGUUAGUUUGUUGAUAAUAUACAGUUGAAAGAGUUAUAAUACAUACACACAAUGUCUGAUCCAUUUUCCAUCAAUGGGGGUUCUGCCGUGGCCAUGGUUGGCAAAGAUUGUAUUGCCAUAGCCAGUGAUUUGAGGUUGGGAAACCAAUCGCUUGGGGUAUCCAACAACUUUGAAAAAAUCUUUGGCUUUGGCGACAAGUGCUUUCUCGGGUUGACUGGGUUAGCCACUGACGUACUUACAUUAAAGGAGACCUUCCGGUUCAAGACCAAUUUAUACAAGUUGCGAGAGGAACGACUGAUUGAGCCCGAGACCUUGGCCAAUUUGGUCAGUUCCACGCUUUACGAACGAAGAUUCGGGCCAUACUUUGUAAGUCCCAUUGUGGCUGGAUUGGGCCACAAGGAUAAUAAGCCAUUCAUAUGUGGAUUUGAUCUGAUUGGGUGUAUUGAUUUCGCCAAGGAUUUUAUCGUCAGUGGUACCGCUUCAGACCAAUUGUAUGGGAUGUGUGAAUCGUUGUACGAACCUGAUUUAGAGCCGGAACAGUUGUUUGAAACUAUCAGUCAGGCAUUGUUGAAUGCUGUGGAUAGAGAUGCCCUUUCUGGUUGGGGGGCCGUGGUGUAUAUCGUUACCAAGGAUAAGGUGGUUAAACGAGUAUUGAAGACUCGUCAAGAUUAGAGAGAUAGCAUUUUGAAUGAAUGAAUAAAUAGAAAUUCGUUUCUGUGAAUGUAUAUUAGAAGUUCUUUGUUCUGUUUGUUAUUCUAUUUACAGUGUAUCUUUUGAGGAUACGUAUAAGCUUUCAAAAGGAGCUCCUCCCACCUCCACUCGUGCUCUUACAAUCUUCUUUUUUUUUGCGCUCCUUCAAGCAUCGCUUUGGCUGUUGCUUUACUUGCGUCAACCAGGUCAUGCUGGUCUAGUUCUGCUUCUUUUGUAACUCAGCAUCAAUAACCUUUUGCAAGUAUCCGUCUUUCCCGUACUCUUCUUCUCUAGCCUUUCUUCUUUUUUCUUCAAAGAGCUUUUGCUUUUCUCUAGCUUGUCUAAUUCUGUCCUUGGAGUCUUCUACUCGGGUGUAAUGCAAACAGUUGGCUAAUUGGUCCUUUUCAUAGUUGCACAUUCCAAGGAUUUGCUUAAGGUAUUCUUGUUGGUGACACUUUUCAAGAGCGUCCAUUAGUUUCUCGCAUGUAUCGAAACGAUUUUUAUCUAACUGAGGAUGCAUGAUAACCUAGUUUCUCUGAUGUUAAACUGUGAUUUAAACUUAUAUU